AGGCCCCGGCCCCGCAUGCCGGCAGGGGGCGCCCGAGCGCAGCUAAAAGGCUCGGCGGGAGGUCGGCGGCCUCAGUGGCGGAGCGAGGCUGCCGGUGAGCGGCCUGGAGCGAUCGCCGCGGGGCAGGGGAGCGGCGGGCACCGCGCAGAGCGCGCAGAACAGACGGACGGCGGCGGGGACCCGACGGCGGCGCCUCUGCACUCCCCAGACUCCGGCCAGCGCCCCCCUGCCAGCCGCGAGCACCCAGCCCCGGCCCACCCCGGGCUCCCGAUGGCCCCUGAGGCCGGGGCGACCCUGCGCGCGCCGCGCCGGCUGUCCUGGGCGGCGCUGCUGCUCCUGGCCGCGCUGCUCCCCGUCGCCUCCUCGGCGGGGGCCUCAGUUGACCACCCACUGAAGCCAAGGCACGUGAAACUGCUGUCCACUAAAAUGGGCCUGAAAGUCACGUGGGACCCACCCAAAGAUGCUACCAGUAGACCUGUGGAGCAUUACAACAUUGCCUAUGGGAAGUCACUGAAAAGUCUUAAAUACAUCAAGGUGAAUGCGGAGACAUACUCCUUCCUUAUUGAGGAUGUGGAGCCGGGGGUAGUGUACUUUGUGCUGCUUACUGCAGAAAACCACAGUGGAGUGAGCCGUCCUGUUUACAGAGCUGAAAGCCCACCUGGAGGUGAAUGGAUCGAGAUUGAUGGUUUUCCCAUUAAGGGUCCAGGACCAUUUAAUGAAACCGUCACAGAAAAGGAAGUGCCCAACAAGCCCUUGCGUGUGCGUGUCCGGUCCUCAGAUGACAGGCUGUCCGUUGCGUGGAAGGCACCACGCCUGUCUGGAGCCAAGAGUCCACGCAGAUCACGGGGUUUUCUCCUGGGCUACGGGGAGAGUGGCCGGAAGAUGAAUUAUGUUCCACUGACAAGAGAUGAACGGACACACGAAAUUAAAAAGCUAGCCUCGGAAUCCGUGUAUGUGGUCUCCCUGCAGUCCAUGAACUCUCAGGGCCGGAGCCAACCAGUCUACAGGGCUGCCCUAACAAAGCGAAAGAUUUCAGAAGAGGACGAAUUGGAUGUACCUGACGACAUCAGCGUCCGGGUUAUGUCAUCUCAGUCUGUGCUUGUGUCCUGGGUGGAUCCUGUUCUGGAAAAACAGAAGAAAGUUGUUGCAUCGAGACAGUACACCGUGCGCUAUCGAGAGAAGGGGGAAUUGGCCAGGUGGGAUUAUAAGCAGAUCGCUAACAGGCGUGUGCUGAUUGAGAACCUGAUUCCAGACACCGUGUAUGAAUUUGCAGUCCGUAUUUCACAGGGUGAAAGAGAUGGCAAAUGGAGUACAUCAGUCUUCCAAAGAACACCAGAAUCUGCCCCUACCACAGCUCCUGAAAACUUGAAUGUCUGGCCAGUCAAUGGCAAACCUACAGUUGUCGCUGCAUCUUGGGAUGCGCUACCAGAGACUGAGGGGAAAGUGAAAGAAUACAUUCUUUCAUACGCCCCGGCUCUCAAACCAUUUGGAGCAAAGUCCCUCACCUAUCCUGGAGACACUACUUCUGCCUUGGUGGAUGGUCUGCAGCCUGGGGAACGCUAUCUUUUCAAAAUCCGGGCCGCAAACAGAAGAGGCCUAGGACCUCACUCCAAAGCCUUCAUUGUCGCUAUGCCAACAAUUUCUUCUUUGACAGGCAAUUCUUUAAAAUCUGUUGCAGCCAGUAAGGCGGAUGUUCAGCAGAACACGGAGGACAAUGGGAAACCCGAAAAACCUGAGCCUUCCUCACCUUCUCCCAGAGCUCCAGCUUCCUCCCAACACCCCUCUGUGCCUGCUUCUCCCCAAGGGAGAAAUGCCAAGGACCUUCUUCUUGACUUGAAGAACAAAAUAUUGGCUAAUGGUGGGGCGCCCCGAAAACCCCAGCUUCGCGCCAAGAAGGCAGAGGAGCUGGAUCUUCAGUCGACAGAAGUCACCGGGGAAGAGGAGCUGGGUUCCCGGGAGGACUUGCCCAUGUCACCCUCAGACACCCAAGACCAGAAACGGACCCUGAGGCCGCCAAGUAGACACGGCCACCCGGUGGUUGCUCCCGGCAGGACUGCGGUGAGGGCCCGGGUGCCAGCGCUGCCCCGAAGGGAAGGCGUAGAUAAGCCUGGCUUUUCCCUGGCUACGCAGCCCCGCCCAGGGGCGCCCCCCUCGGCUUCGGCCUCUCCUGCUCACCACGCGUCCACCCAGGGCACCUCUCACCGUCCUUCCCUGCCUGCCAGCUUGAAUGACAACGACUUGGUGGACUCAGACGAAGAUGAGCGCGCUGCGGGCUCCCUCCACCCCAAGGGCGCCUUCGCCCAGCCCCGGCCAGCCCUGUCCCCCAGCCGCCAGUCCCCGUCCAGCGUUCUCCGCGACAGAAGCUCCGUGCACCCCGGCGCAAAGCCAGCCUCGCCGGCGCGGAGGACCCCCCAUUCAGGGGCCGCGGAGGAAGAUUCCAGUGCCUCAGCCCCACCCUCAAGACUUUCUCCACCCCAUGGGGGAUCAUCUCGGCUGCUGCCCACCCAGCCACACCUGGGCCCUCCACUCUCCAGGGGCGGGAAGGAUGGUGAGGAUGCCCCAGCCACCAACUCCAAUGCGCCAUCACGGUCCACCAUGUCCUCCGUCUCUUCUCGUCUCUCGUCCAGGACCCAGAUCUCUGAGGGAGCGGAGGCUUCUGAUGGUGAAAGCGACAGUGACGGCGAUAGGGAAGACGGCGGAAGGCAGGCGGAGGCCACCGCCCAGACGCUGCGGGCCCGGCCUGCCUCUGGACUCUUCCAUUUGCUCAGACACAAGCCCUUUGCUGCCAACGGGAGGUCUCCAGGCAGGUUCAGCACUGGGCGGGGACCUCGGCUGCAGCCUUCCAGCUCCCCACAGUCCACUGUGCACUACCGAGCCCACCCCAGGGUUCCCUCUCACUCCGAUUCCCACCCUAGGCUUAGCUCAGGUAUCCAUGGAGACGAGGAGGAUGAGAAGCCGCUUCCUGCCACCGUUGUCAAUGACCACGUGCCUUCCUCCUCCAGGCAGCCCAUCUCCCGGGGCUGGGAGGCCUUAAGGAGAAGCCCGCAGAGAGGGGCCAGCCUGCAUCAGAAGGAACCCAUCCCAGAGAACCCCAAAUCCACAGGGGCAGAUGCACAUCCUCAGGGCAAAUACUCCUCCCUGGCCUCCAAGGCUCAGGACGUUCAACAGAGCACAGACGUGGACACGGAGGGUCAUUCUCCCAAAGCACAGCCGGGAUCCACAGACCGCCACGCGUCCCCUGCGCGUCCUCCCGCAGCACGGUCACAGCACCAUCCCAGUGUUCCCAGAAGGAUGACACCCGGCCGGGCCCCAGAACAGCAGCCCCCUCCUCCCGUCGCCACGUCCCAGCACCAGCCGGGACCCCAGAGCAGAGACGCGGGGCGGUCACCUUCCCAGCCCAGGCUCUCACUGACCCAGGCCGGGCGACCCCGCCCCACGUCGCAGGGCCGCUCCCACUCCUCCUCGGACCCUUACACGGCGAGCUCCAGAGGGAUGCUCCCCACGGCCCUCCAGAACCAGGACGAGGAUGCCCAGGGCAGCUACGACGACGACAGCACAGAAGUCGAGGCCCAGGAUGUGCGGGCCCCCGCGCAAGCCGCGCGCGCCAAGGAGGCAGCUGCGUCCCUUCCCAAGCACCAGCAGGUGGAGUCUCCCACAGGCGCAGGGGCAGGUGGCGACCACAGGUCCCAGCGCGGACAUGCGGGCUCCCCCGCCAGGCCCAGCCGACCCGGCGGCCCCCAGUCCCGCGCCCGGGUCCCCAGCAGGGCAGCGCCCGGGAAGUCGGAGCCUCCUUCCAAGCGGCCCCUGUCCUCCAAGUCCCAGCAGUCGGUCUCAGCAGAGGACGAGGAGGAGGAGGACGUGGGGUUUUUUAAAGGCGGGAAAGAAGACCUUCUGUCUUCCUCUGUGCCAAAGUGGCCCUCUUCCUCCACUCCCAGGGGCGGCAAAGACGCCGAUGGGAGCCUCGCCAAGGACGAGAGGGAGCCCGCCAUCGCGCUUGCCCCUCGCGGAGGGAGCCUGGCUCCUGUGAAGCGACCUCUCUCACCACCUCCAGGCACCUCCCCCAGGGCCUCCCACCUCCCUUCCCGACCGCCGCCUCGCAGCGCUGCCACCGUGAGCCCCGUCGCGGGCACCCACCCCUGGCCGCAGUACACCACGCGCGCCCCGCUUGGCCACUCCUCCACUACCCCGAUGCUGUCCUUGCGCCAGAGGAUGAUGCAUGCCAGAUUCCGUAACCCUCUCUCCCGACAGCCUGCCAGACCCUCUUACAGACAAGGUUAUAAUGGCAGACCAAAUGUAGAAGGGACAGUCCUUCCUGGUAGUAAUGGAAAACCGAAUGGACAGAGAAUAAUCAACGGCCCUCAAGGAACAAAGUGGGUUGUGGACCUUGAUCGUGGGUUAGUAUUGAAUGCAGAAGGAAGGUACCUCCAGGAUUCACAUGGAAAUCCUCUUCGGAUUAAACUAGGAGGAGAUGGUCGAACCAUUGUGGAUCUGGAAGGGACCCCCGUGGUGAGUCCUGACGGCCUCCCACUCUUUGGGCAGGGGCGACAUGGCACACCUCUGGCCAGUGCCCAAGAUAAACCAAUUUUGAGUCUUGGAGGAAAGCCGCUGGUGGGCUUGGAGGUCAUAAAAACAACCACCCAUCCCCCUACCACUACAACCCCGCGGCCCACCACCGCCACCACCCGCCGCACGACCACCACCCGCCGCACGACCACCAGGCGUCCAACAACCACAAUCCGAACCACUACGCGAACAACGACCACCACCACCCCCAAUCCCACCACUCCCAUCCCCACCUGUCCCUCUGGGACCUUGGAACGGCACGACGAUGAUGGCAACCUGAUAAUGAGCUCCAAUGGGAUCCCAGAGUGCUACGCUGAGGAAGAUGAGUUCUCAGGCUUGGAGAUGGACACCGCAGUACCCACGGAAGAGGCCUACGUUAUAUAUGAUGAAGAUUAUGAAUUUGAGACGUCAAGGCCACCAACCACCACUGAGCCUUCGACCACUGCUACCACACCAAGGGUGAUCCCAGAAGAAGGAGCCAUCAGUUCCUUUCCUGAAGAAGAAUUUGAUCUGGCUGGAAGGAAACGAUUUGUUGCUCCUUACGUGACGUACCUAAAUAAAGACCCAUCGGCCCCGUGCUCUCUGACUGAUGCACUGGAUCACUUCCAAGUGGACAGCCUGGAAGAAAUCAUCCCCAAUGACCUAAAGAAGAGUGACCUGCCUCCCCAGCAUGCUCCCCGCAACAUCACCGUGGUGGCCGUGGAAGGCUGCCACUCAUUUGUCAUUGUGGACUGGGACAAAGCCACCCCAGGAGAUGUGGUCACAGGUUACUUGGUUUACAGUGCAUCCUAUGAAGACUUCAUCAGGAACAAGUGGUCCACUCAAGCUUCAUCAGUAACUCACUUGCCCAUUGAGAACCUAAAGCCCAACACGAGGUAUUAUUUUAAAGUGCAAGCACAAAAUCCUCAUGGCUACGGACCUAUCAGCUCUUCGGUCUCAUUUGUCACCGAAUCAGAUAAUCCUCUGCUUGUUGUGAGGCCCCCAGGCGGUGAGCCUAUCUGGAUCCCAUUCGCUUUCAAACAUGAUCCCAGCUACACGGACUGCCAUGGACGGCAAUAUGUGAAGCGCACUUGGUAUCGAAAGUUCGUGGGAGUUGUUCUUUGUAAUUCACUGAGGUAUAAAAUCUACCUCAGUGACAACCUGAAAGAUACAUUCUACAGCAUUGGAGACAGCUGGGGAAGAGGUGAAGACCAUUGCCAAUUUGUGGAUUCACACCUUGAUGGAAGAACAGGGCCUCAGUCCUAUGUAGAAGCCCUCCCUACUAUUCAAGGCUACUAUCGCCAGUAUCGUCAGGAGCCCGUCAGCUUUGGGAACAUCGGCUUUGGAACCCCCUACUACUAUGUGGGCUGGUACGAGUGUGGGGUCUCCAUCCCCGGAAAGUGGUAAUCACAGGACCGUCAUGCUGCAAGCUUGCCCUGCCCAGCCCCACCAACUAAGUCGCACUAAGGGCUGUGAGCAAAGACAGCCAGCGUGCUCAGCCCUGCUGCCCUAGGUGCCAGGAAGGUCACAGAUGGACACUGGCCAUUCUGGUCAUCUCAGUCUAGAACUCAGUCCCACUUCUUGGCCUGGACAAUGAACAGGAUUCAGUUUUGCUGUUAACUUUGCUUCUCCACUUUUUUAUUUUGUUGUUUGUAAUAGCACAUCCCAGAGACAUCAGAAACCAGCAGCUGAUUCAGUGUGAUUUCCAGACUUUUUAGGCAUGAAAUUCGGACACGUCAGUAUUUCCAGGAACAGCAUAUGCAUGCCGUUCUUGCUUCAUGGAAUGCUACAUGCUUUCUGUUUUUCUCAUUUUGGAUUUCUCCAAAACUAACUGAAUUUAAGCUUCAGGUCCCUUUGUAUGCAGUAGAACGGAAUUAUUAAAAACAGCGCCAAAGAAUAUAAAUAUAUCCUACUUGAAAUUUACUCUAUGGACUUACCCACUGCUAGACUAAAUGUAUCAAAUCUUAUUUGUAAAUUCUCAAUUUUGAUAUAUAUAUGUAUAUAUGCAUAUACAUAUCCACACUUGUCUGCAAGAAUAUUGAUUAAAAUUGCUAAAUUUGUACUUGUUCACCA